UCCGUCUGCUCCAGUCUGUUCCCAUGUGGUUGUGUGUGCUAAAGAUUUUAAUUUUUACCGAUUUCAUUUUAUUUUUGAUGUUUUUGGCUUUCAAACAAAGUCAAUUAUGGAGAAUAACACUAGAAAUUACUCAGACAAGGUCUACGAUUUUCAAAUAGUCGAAUUUAUUUCUCGCGGACCAAAAAGUAGGAGGAGGCAAACGGACAUCGUACCUCUUUUAUGGAUCACCUAUGAUAAGAGAAGAGGGCAUUAUCUCACUAAAUUUAUGCCACCCCCCUACAAGGAGGACAAGUCUACUUUUUUUCACCACCUUGUUGAAACAAAAUCUCCCCCAUUAGAAGACUGGUCAAACUAUCAUAUUGAUUUUGUUGGAGAAGGCAAGACUUAUGAAGAAGCUAAACAAAAGUUGGAUAAAUUAAAAAAUGAUUAUAAAACCAUCUACACAACCGAUUCCGAAUUCGGUUCAGGACAAAAAGCUGAAUAUAUUAAAAAACAAGUUAGAGAAGUGGCUAAAGAAAGUAGUUUGCUAAAUCUUCAGUUACCAGAGGCGUUAGAUCAUUUUACAUCUUCAUCUUCAGACUGUUCCUCUAUACAAAAUGAGAUCAAAGAUUUAGUAAGUCGAAAAAAAAUAAGAACACACAAAACGAAAAAAUCUAAAAACCAAAAACCGGAAGGUCGAAAAAUAAAAAAGACGAUUUAAAACCAGAGAAAGUGUCGACUACAAGUGCUUCAUCACCAGAUACGAAAAUAUCAAUUAGAACUAAAACUGACAACAAAAAUAGGAAAGAUAAUUGCAAUAAUAAUUUAGUUAGAAAUAGUCCAUAUGGAGAGAAACCUGUCAUCACUAGAAUCGAAAAGGUUAAAAUAAACAAGUUUGACGUACUUCUAAAACAAAAUAAUAAUUUAAAUGAUGAAAUAAAUAGAAAUUUCGUUAAAGAUUAUCCAUAUCAAAAUUCUGCUGAUGAAAGUUUUGAUAAUUUAAAUAAAAGUUUUUCGUCCGUUGAAAAAACACCGCAAAAAUAUAAGGAUUCUGAUAAAUGUCAGGACCAUUUUAGUAAAGAUGGAACGAUUGAAGAAUUCGACGAUGAAUUCAUUCAAAAUGAGUCAUUAAAUUCUCAAACUACGAGAAUGAAAUUAAAACCGCAUAAGAAAUCUAUUAAACAAAGAUAUGAUUUUAAUAAUGAAGUUCUUGGAAAUAUGGACAGCGAGACGAUUAAAACGAAGGGGAAACAUAAAUCGAAAUCUGUUUCUUCAGAUACGUGUCUGCUAUUGGCUGCAAUAAAGGGCCUAAGCGUUCAGGUUGAGGAAAUAUGCUCUAAGCAAGAUUCGACGCUAGGAUUGAUUCAAUCCCUGAUAUUAAAAAAUGGCUUAUCUAAAGCCAAAGGAUUUGUUGUAAAUAAUAGUUUAAAUUUACCAUUUACGAAUAUGGAAGAAUUUGAUGAGUUCAAUACAAAAUUGCAAGAACAACAGUUUUGCGAUGAUUUUAUGUCCUCUUUAUAUUUCCUUAUUGAUAAGGAACUAAGCAUCUCAAUGAGCGUCCUGAAUAUCAUGAAAAAAUAUAUGUCAAAGGAGCUGCUCUUAAAAUUCACGAACGUUAAACAGCAAGGGAACAAAUUUGUUUUAAACAAAUAUGGAAUACACAAAUGUAUAGUGGAUGCUGUUGUUCAAACACAUGGCGGUGAUGAUAAAGAUAAAGGUUUAGAAAAAUCUGUGAUAGAUGCACUUGGGUCAGUAAUUAGUGGAGCAAGAGAUUGCGAAGGUGGACGAAAAGAACGCUUAUUGUUAUAGUAUUUCUAUUACUAAAUUAAUAACUAAUUCAUUUUUA